CAUGCUGUGCCGCGCGCUGCUCCGCCGCGCCUCGGCCGCGCCGCCCCGUCGGUCCUCGCCACUUCCCCUGCAGCAUCUCUUGGAUAGCUACCAGUGCAGCCAAGAAGAUGACCACCUGUCUUACGGGGAAACGGGAAUGCCGGUCCCUCCUUUCGGCUGCACCUUUUCUGCAGCCCCGAAUUUGGAGCAUGUGCUGGCAGUUGCAAAUGAAGAAGGAUUUGUUAGACUGUAUGAUACUGAGGCUCAAACUACCAGCAAACUCAUCUUUAAGGAAUGGCAGGCUCACUCAAAUGCUGUGUUUGACCUUGCCUGGGUACCAGGGGAACACAGGAUCGUCACUGCUUCAGGAGAUCAGACAGCCAAGGUGUGGGAUGUGAGAGCCAGCGAGCUUCUUGGCAUAUGCAAAGGUCACCAGUGUAGCCUCAAGUCCGUUUCUUUUUCUAGAUUUGAGAAAGCUGUCUUCUGUACUGGAGGCAGAGAUGGAAACAUCAUGGUUUGGGAUACCAGAUGCAACAAGAAAGAUGGAUUUUAUAGGCAGGUGAAUCAAAUCAGUGGAGCACACAAUGCGGUUGACAAGCAGACUCCUUCCAAACCGAAGAAGAAGAGGCAGAACCUAAGAGGUCUUGCUCCCUUGGUGGAUUUCCAGCAGAGUGUAACUGUGGUGCUGCUUCAGGACGAGCAUACUCUUAUCUCUGCAGGAGCUGUUGAUGGUGUGAUCAAAGUGUGGGACUUGCGCAAAAACUAUGCCGCUUACCGUCAGGACCCGGUGCCUUUCAAGUCUUUUUGCUACCCUGGGACUAGUACUCGCAAACUUGGAUAUUCUAGCCUGGUUUUGGAUUCCACCGGUGCUAAUCUGUUUGCUAACUGCACUGAUGACAGUAUCUACAUGUUCAAUAUGACAAGUUUAAGGACCACUCCAGUGGCCAUUUUCAGUGGGCACCAGAAUUCAACCUUUUACAUCAAAUCCAGCACCAGCCCAGACGACCAGUUCCUGGUCAGUGGCUCGAGUGACUGCAACGCAUAUAUCUGGAAGGUUUCUGAGCCCAGCCUUCCUCCACGGAUACUCCUUGGUCACUCUCAAGAAGUUACCUCCAUUGCUUGGUGUCCUUCAGACUUCACUAAGAUUGCCACGUGCUCUGAUGACAACACUGUGAGGAUUUGGCGCUUACGACAUCGUCCUGAGGAGGUGAAGUCAACAUUCAGCAAAAUCAACUUGGUGGGCUGGGUUACUCAGAAGAAACUAGAAGAACAAUGUGGAGCAGGACCGCCAGCCAGCCCACAGAGUACUCCUGCCAAGGCCUUCACAGUGGGCAGCCCGUGCAUUUCCUCGCCACGGCCAGCUGCCUGUGCUCCCAUUUAUUCUGGAGACCUUCCCCUGUCUACAAACACUCCGACGGGCGCACUCAAAACCCAGACGGCCGCAGCCUGCACCCCAGCCAAGCGGAGUGGAGCCAGCCCAUGCGCUUCUCCCAAACUGAUCCCGUCCUCCAAAAUGUCCAUUAAACUUUGGGUUACAAGGACUCCAUGCUCUUCUCCUCCAGAAGUGGGGAAAAAGGCUCCUUCUCCUAGAAAAGCCCUGGCAGAAGUCACCCAAGGUCUCCUGGAAGCCGCUUGCCCUCCUAAAGCCCCACACUCGCAGUUUGAAAAGCGUGCCAAGAGAAGGCUUGACUGCAGCAAGGAGGACGGUGCGGGGCAGAAGUGUCUGCAGGCCUGUAGCUGUGUGACUGAACUGGACCGUGCAGCUAAAAAAUCCAAGCUGAAUUUAUGUCACUUGGCUGCAGACCAAAAAGCUUGUGAUGAGGGCUCUCUCAGCCUGGCUGACUUGGAUAACAACCACGAAGGCUCCAGCCACAGCCCAAAAGAGCCUUCCUUUCCUGGAAGCCGUAUUAAUCCAUCAGGCGUUCAAACUCCCCCCCAUCUUUUCAGAUCUCCAUGCGGGAAAGACACUGAGGUAGUAGAUAAAGAGAAUAGUUCACCUGAAAGAAAAAAUUGGUUGUCUGCUCUGGGAGAGAAGCUACGGACUGGCAGAGCUGGCAGCCAGAAUGCGUCAAACAGCCCCCCGUCAUCUUGCAGUCCGGUGCCAAACAACAAGAGGCUGUGGCAGCGGCCACUUCGCCGAAAACUGCUGCAACCACUUCAGUUUCCAUGAGGAAGAUCUGCACAUACUUCCACAGAAAGCCACAGAAUGACUGAAGCAGCAUGCAGUGGUUGCGCCUGAUGGAUGUUGACACUGUGGUAUCAAGACCAGAUUUAGCAACGCCGAUAACGAUGUGCCGGGGUUACACAGUUUGUUGUCAGACAUUCAUAAACUUGGGGGUUUAUUCUUCUGUUUUUAAAGCCGUUAACAGUUGAAGUCAGCUGAGUGUGGAAAAUCUACACAAUACUUAUUCAUGGUCUCUUACUGACUUCAGAUGAUGGAUUUUUUUUAUAAAGAAAAACAGUAUUUUUUACAUGGCAACUGUUAUAGUCCAAAGACAGCAACAGGUCUGCUGUGCAUUGUUGACAGGCACAUAUAGCUUGCCGGUUUAGGUUACUAAUCUGCCGUUGAAACUUCCUCUACUUAAGAAUAAUGUGUAAAUCAUUACACCCUCCUGAAAAGCAAGUGUUGGAAUGUGUGUAGAGAUACUUAUUGCAGGUAGAUCUGAACUCCUUUGUGCUGAAUGGUGUUUCUACAGUUAUUCCUCUAGUACCGCAAUGACUACCCGCUUCCAGCAGGGAAGUUAUGAAUGUGUUAAGUAAAUAUAAAAAAACUUUUAAACACCCUGUGUCCAUCUGAUGGUGAUUAUGGUCUAAGAGGAGACAAAGUAUAAUCAAGUAUGUAAUGCCUGUACUCCUCUUGCCAUCCUCUUUCUUCUCCCAGUCUGAAAACUUCUGUAUUUACCGAUUUAGCUGGCUCUUGAACCAGCAGCACUACAGCUGUUGAGGCCAACAGCUUGUCACUUCUCUGAAAUAAAAUACUGGCAAGGUGCAUUUAGAAAAAUUAAUUUCAUCUAUCCCAAAUAGGCAUCCCAUAACAGCCGGUUGCUCAGUUACCUCUUACAGAUUCAGCCUGUAGCAAAGGCAUUAAUAACUGCUUAUAACGUAACUUCAUAACACUUUUAUAACAUAGUAUCUAUAAAAUAAUAGCUUGUAAAUUGGGGGAGGGACACUUGACAUUUUAGAAAGCACUUGACAGAGUUUACAUAUUAAUAUUAAAUGCUUUGGCAUUGUGAGUCAUCACUGAUGCUGAUAGAACAAGGUCACUGAAAAGAGAUCACUGUCCUGCUGGCUAAUGAUACUAACUCCUCAGUCAUGCUUUCCCCAGUGGGAGCUAGCAGAAGAUCCUUACCGUACAUUAGAGCAUUUACUCUGUCUUCUGGUAUAAUAGUUCCUAUGAACUUUUUAAAAAAAAACCAAAACCAAACCUCUGAAUCCCUAUGAAGUUUUUCUGCUGCAAAAGAAUUGAGGUAUUUGAAGGGGAUGUGAUCCAACUAACUCAUGUUUUCCAUCUGAAAUUUUCACACCUACUUUACAGUACAGUAGCUGAAAGGGAUUAGAGGAAAACAUGCUGGUUUGCAUUUUAUGUUGUAGAUUAUAUUUUGCAAGGAAAUAAAUUACUUGAGAGAAACUGGCUUUUGUGAAAGGUCUCUUACAGCUACAAAGCAAAAGUAAAUGUGUAGUGUGCUUUUUUAAAAAAAGAAAAGUAGUCAUCAUCAAGUUGCAUCUUCUAGCAGGAGUGCUCAGGUACGUAUAGGGGCCAGAACAACUUUCUCCCGUUUACUGAAUUACAGGCCAUCAUCCCAUGAGC